AUGAUACAAAAUUAUAAAGAUUGUUGUUUACUGCUUGAAAACUUGUUUUGUAAGUGCUACCCAUUGUACCCUGUGAAAGGGUUGAGACCAUCAUCGCUGCGCAAAUCAUCCUCCGCCAGCAGCAGCAGCAUCAACAACGCCUGUCCCCCGCCGCCACCCACGCCGCACCAAGUGAACCCCGCCAGCAGCAGCAGCAGCACUCCGCCCCACUCCCAGCAUCCGCAAACGCAUCCGCAUACGCAUCCGCAUACGCAUCCGCACCAUCACCCGCAGUACCAAAACCAUCAGCACAGGCGCAGCAGCACCACCAGUCACACCAGCCACGCGGAAAACUCGAGCGGUUUGGCCACGAAACCGGCCAUCAAUUUGCUCGGCAAUCACCUACAGGCCAACUACUUUGAGUUCCCGCCCACUGUUCCCGGGCAGGCGUUGUUGCACCACAGCGGUCGCACCGCAGUCUCCACGCCCUCGCUGAACUUGCAGCACCAACAGCAGCAGCAUCCCGGCUCCUCGUCCACAGCUGGUGGUCAGUAUAGUUCGGCAGUUGCAAAAGCGGCUGCCUCCACCGCCUGUGCGCUCCUUGCCACGUGCCACGUGUCCAGAGAUUCCGAUUGCGACUCACCCCGACAUCAGAAGCAUCAGAUACACCAGCAUCCAAACCCGGAGGACCAGCAGCCGACCGCAAACAAAAUGGGUCGUCGCGAGAUAAAGCGCUCCAAUACCAGUGGCUCCACCACCAGAUCCUACGACAGCGGAAGCGCAACCACCAACUUUGUCGGUAAAUUCACGCAGAGUGUGCGGCGAAUCGUUCAGGAUGUGAAGGACGAGGGGGCGCCCAGUGGAAUGACGCGGGACGAGGUAAUCGAGACCAACGAGCGCCUGCGAUCCCUGCGACUGCGUCUGGAGGAGUCCUACGAAACUGCCAAGAAGGCCCUGAUCAACCUAAUGAACAAGUACGGCGACUCGAAGAGCCAGCGCAACAUCUUCCAACGCUAUCCCAUGCUCAAGCUCAUGAUUAAGGAAGUCAUCCGCCUGGAGACCCAGUACUGGACCCUGGUGGACAUCCCGCGGCAGGAGAAGCAGGAGACGGUGCCCUCCUACGUGAUGCGGGCCUGUUCGAUCAUGGAGAAGACCCAGAAGUCCGGCGAAGGAGUGAAGACCUCGGCCCGUUUGGCAGAGGAGGCGGCCGAGCGGCGGGAGCGGAUGGAGCGAUUGGAACAUAUGACAACGGCCCAAAUCGAGCACGAGAACACGCAGCUGAUAAACGACUUGUACCGCUUGCUGAAAAAGUAUCUCGGACUUCGACACCUCAUCCGUGUGCUGAAGGAGGAGUACGGCAGCUCAAAGAUGUAUCCGAUAUUUCCACGCUACACAAUGCUGAAGGACAUGAUAAAGGGCAUCAUGCACGAUCCUGACUACAUGGAGGUGUGCCACGAAACGCUGGCCAACGCCAACUGAGCCGAGGGCACCGGAAAUGGCAGGCGUCGCAUGAGUGUCAUUUAAGAGGGCCCAAAAAACUAAUAGCAAUACCAAUACAGCAGCAUACACGAACGCAGGACCUUGGACCUAGGAACAAGGAA